CGCUGCCGCCGCGAUGGCCACGGCGCGCCCGGCGGAGCCCCCGGGGUGCUGGGCGGGGGUCGGCGGACCGGGGCCGGCGGCGGAGGCGCCGGCGGGCUCGCAGCGGCGGAAGCGGACGAACUUCACGGCGGCGCAGCUGGAGACGCUGGAGCUGGUGUUCCGGGACACUAUGUACCCCGACAUCUUCCUGCGGGAGAAGCUGGCAGACGCCACGCGCAUCCCGGAGUCGCGCAUCCAGGUCUGGUUCCAGAACCGCCGCGCCAAGUCCCGCCGGCAGCGCGCGCCGCCCCGCUCCGCCGCCCCGGACCCGCCGACCCCCACCCCGCCCGCCCCAGACCCGGCGCCCGGCCUCGAGCGCUUCCCGCCCGGGCUGGCGGUGCAGCCGUGCCGCGCGCUGUGCCCACAGCGUCCGCCCGCCUCAGACCCCGUAGCUGCCGGCGGGUGCGCGGGGCCGCGCGCGGAGUGGGACGAGAGCGCGCUCGGCGCCUUCCGAGCGCUCUGAGCGGGACCGCGCCCGCCGCUGCACUUUAUCUUCCCCGGCGGCGGCUGCGGCUGCUGCUGCUGCCGCCUGUUGAUUCGCCUGUUGAUACGGGUCCCAGGGCGUCUGUUUACGCUGUGUGUAAAGAUUCCCGUUAGCACGUUUUGUAUUUCUGUUUCUUAGCCAAGAAGCUAACACAUCGCUGGGUUUUGGGGCUCUGGUCUUAGAAAGCAGAAGAAGGGGACCGGUCUGUGGAGGUUUUUUUACUGUCGAAAACAAAAAUAAAGAUUUACAUUUUUGCUCUGUGUGUGUAGCUGGGGCAGCGACGGGGCUUCUUACCUUGGGCCUGGAGAAGAGGAGGGGGAGAUGAUAUUCCAGCUGCAGGGUGUUCACAGGUCCUGGGGAGCCACAGCGGUGGCUCAGGGGUGAACGAGAGAUCCGAGUGCCUGGGGGCCGGGUUACAGAAACUGCCUGAAGUUGUCUCUGUCGGUAUUUGCUUUACGUGGGCUCCAAACAACCAUCCCAUCCCUGACUGAAAAUGCAAAGUUUGGCUUAAGUGAAACAAAACCCAAACCCUCGAAUCAUGGUCUUGCUCUGACAAAAGCCUUUCAACUCUGCUGCUUAAGCCAACGUUAAUAUUAAACUACAGCAAAGUAGAAGUAUUCUGUGAAAGCCAUAAAGGUGCUUUAGCUUUGAAUUUUAAUGUUAGGUGCAACACAGAAGCUGUUUACGUGAUCUGAAUGGCUCUGCACUGAGAACAUCAAACUUGGUAGUAACAGAAGCUUCUCCUGUAAUUCAGUCAAUUUAUUAAGGAAAGGGAUAUAUUACUAUACGUGUAUGUCAAGGAUCAGGCCAAUUCUUCCUGUCUACAAAGACUCCAGUUAGGGAAGAGCACCUGAAUGUUUUCAGGCUCUGAUGGUUUGGCAGCACAGAAAAAGUAACCUGCAUACUGGUGGCAGAAAUACUCUCUUAUCAGGAAGUGUGCUCCACAGAAUAAGGUUACCAAUGCAUAAAAUUCCGCAGCGUCAUCUCAUAACUUACCUGUUCUUGCAAGAUCUGGGACAGCUGAACCAUGAUUGAAUUGCAAACUUGUAAAGCUAGGUGGCACAUCAAGAUUUCUGAGUAUUCUCCCUCUGGGAAACCAGAGCUGGCCUUGAAAAACACAUGAAGCAAAACUCACCCAACCAAAAUCAGGCACCAUUUGCCUCAGGUGGACUUGGGUACCAAAGAAGCACAUAUGUUAGGGGUUGGGAAGAUCACAGAAGAGAUAUAAUUACAAGAGAAGACAAAAAAAGGAGAUUUUUGGUUCUUGGGGGUGCUGGGUGAAUUCAAGUUUACUGACUGUAAGAAACCAAACUAUCUUGUUGGAAUCAUAAGCAUCAUAGAAUUGUUUAGAUUGGAAAGACUUUCAACCAUAAACCUAACACUGCUAAGUUCAUCACUAAACCAUGUCCCUAAGAACCAUA